AUGGCUGAGGACCCUGCGAAUCCUGGUAAUGAAGCUACAAGAACGGGUCCCGUGACGACCCAGCAACUUGUGCAUCACUUUGUGGACGGAGAUGUGGACGGUAUGACGCUCGUCUGGAGCCAAGAGCUCGACAGUUGGAAACCCAUCGGUGAAGUGCCAUCUUUAAAGGAGUUUUUACAAGAAGCUAACGAAGAUUUAGAUCGAGAGGCAGAGCUGAAGGAACAUGCCAGCGAGGUUCCGAUGGAGCACCAAGUUUUUGAGAAAGAGUCGACCGACGCUCUUGUUGCUGAAGACGGCAAGCGCUAUGUGUUUGACGCUGAAUCCAAGACAUAUGUAACACCUGAGGAUAAAAUUGAGGAGGAGUUGGCUUCUCUGCAAGAAGCGAUGCAAGAAGAGAACGCAGAGAAGCAAGGCCGUAAUAGGAACGAGAACCAGAGUGAGAAUCAGAAGCACAAUGACAAGGAGAAUGCGUCGACUGGAGAUAAAGUGGCCGCGAAGGAGAAUUCAGCGGAGCAACCCGAAGCAGACGCGGAAGCUGCCAAAAAGCGGAAGAAGAAGAAAAAGAAGAAGAGCGACAAGUGGAAGAAAAGCAAAAACAACACGUGGGUGUAUGUGAACGGCUUGCCGCUGGACGUCACAGUACAGGAAGUACACGAUCAUUUUGCCAAGUGUGGCGUGAUCCAACCGGAUAUCGCCACCGGCGAGCCCCGUAUCAAGCUCUACCAGAACAAAGAGAGUGGCGGUCUAAACGGCGAUGGGUCUGUGUGUUACAUGAAGGAAGCGUCGGUGGAGCUGGCUGUGCAACUACUCGAUAAAUCACAGAUCCGACCAGACUGGCCCAUUGAUGUAUCACCUGCAGUGUUUCAGCAAAAGGAAGGAGACUUUGUGAAGCGGAAAAAACUCAAGAUCGACAGCCGCGCAAAGAUCAAAAUGUUCGAGAAAGAAAAGGCGCUUUCCUGGAAUGAAGGAGAAGUGAAUGAGCCCGCUGGUCUGCGUAUUGUGGUGAUCAAGCACAUGUUUACGCCCGCUGAGAUUGAAGAUGAAGCAUACGAGAAGGAGCUGCAAGAAGAUAUUCAUGACGAGUGCUCCAAGAUCGGUGACGUUACAAAGAUCACGCUCUUUGCCAAGCACGUGGAUGGCGUCGUGGUGAUCAAGUUCGCGUCGAGCGGCAGUGCUGCGCGGUGUGUGGAUGUUAUGAGCGGACGAUUCUUUGCUGGACGUAAGCUCGAAUGUGGGUUCUGGGACGGCACGGACUACACGCAUCAUGAAAGUAAGAAUGAGGAGAAGGAGCGUGCAGAGAAGUUCCAAGAGUGGCUGGAUGGAGGCUCGUCCUCUGAGAGUGAGGCUGAAGAAGAAGAGAAGAAGACAGAGCAGCACGAGGUGGAUGAUGAAGGGCAAGAUGUGCAUACUGGACGAGAACUGCCUGCUCUUGCAGAUGACAGUGACGAUAGCGAUGUGGAAAGUAAUGGAGACGCAGAGGAAAGUACCAAUCCAGCUGGUGCUGAUGAGGUUCACGCGGGUCGAGUCAUGCCCAAUCUCGACGAUGUAAACGAUGAUGAAUAAUACCCGUGACGUGGUAAACUUCGCCAGCUCAAGUGAUGUUUCAACGGAUCAACGGCCGUUAAGAAUCUCACUCUCUAGUUCUGGCC